AUGGCGAAAAAAGGCACUAAGACGGAUUUAGACGGAGCUAUAAACGAAUUUCUUACUUACGAUGAGUAUUUAGACUCUAAGAUAACGCCGUUAGACCAUUAUUAUCUCGAGGAUGAGAAGUUGGCUCGCCAGGUGGUGGAGCAGGGCCUCAGGGGCGAGGUCUGGAAGAGAGAGGAAUUUGAGAGCAGGAAAGCAGCUGCUCAGGCCUCCAGGCUCUCCAAAAGGAGCGAGCAGAAGACCCUGGCAAGUGCAGGAAAAGAACUCAAAGACAACUUCCUGAGAGCCCUGGCCGAGCGUGAAGAGGCCAACCGCAGUGGGAAAAAUCAUUCCAUAAUUUUCAUAAGGGCCCACAAUGCCAGUGGACAGGAAAUAUCUGGCUAUAUAGACUAUUCCCACAGACUCCAAUGUGAAGACUUUGAACCAUAUUUCUGUGGGAGAAUAAGGCUUUUGCCACGGCCAACUGACUUAAGUUUCUACAACUGGAAAACAAAUGAAGUAGCAUCAUGUGACAGUGAAAACUACCGGGUGAUCGCUAACAAACCAACUGGUGUACUCUUCAUGAACAAGCAGGACCGAAAUAUUGUUAAUGUGGACCCACAGGCACCACCUUGUGAACACUCCCCAAGAAUAUACCCAAGAAAGUCUGACAUCUAUUUACACGUUGCCAUCUUUGACCAUUAUAUCAAGUGUACAAUCUGAAACACACUGUAUUGUCUAUAUUUAUUCUAAUAUUGUAUAUAUUACUACUGUGUGUAGUGCCGAUGCCGCUUUACUUCAUGUUCCCUCCAGUGGUCUGGAGGUCUUAGAGUAUUCUAUUUUGUUAUAUUUAGUUUUCUAUUUAGUGUUGUCUAAUACUUAAUAUUGCUUUCUAUAAUGGAACAAAAUUCUCUGUAACAUUUUCAUGUUUUAUGGAAAAGCAUUUCAUGUUUUUCUUAAUAAAUUGUAUCUUUUGCACAGCA